UUGUCGUUAAAUUAAUGUUGGGCGUAUUUCAGGCCGGUGUGUCAUUCCCGAUAAGUGAAGUUGAUAUAGUACUGAGUAUUGCAUAUUUAAUGAUAAUUUAUAAUAACCGCGCCUUAGAAUAACAAUUAAUUAUCAAUUGAGGCUAUGCAGGAUGGAGCGUGAACUGGCAAUGAUCUAAUCUUGUCUCUGACUUGGCUAGACCUGUUUAUUUUUCGUGCUUGUGAGAAAACGCUCUGGUUUCAGUAAAUAAAUAAGACAUAGUCGCAUUUUGCCAUUUAUCGUAGUUAUUUAACAAUUGGACUUAUUGUGAUAGUGCUGUGUUCAAACUAAUAUGUUUCUGGCUUAAAAUACUGUGCAGUCAAUAAAGUUUGGUUAAAAUGGCUGGAACGGACAGAGUUUCCCUAACUGAUGCUAUUUCAAAUGUUGAUGUCUUAGAUGAACUGCCUUUGCCUGAUGAGCAACCCUGCAUCGAGGCCCAACCUUGUUCUGUUGUUUAUCAAGCAAACUUCGACACAAAUUUUGAAGACCGCAAUGGAUUUCUUACUGGAGUUGCCAAAUACAUUGAAGAAGCAACUGUGCAUGCAAGCCUUAAUGAACUACUUGAGGAAGGACAGGAGCAUGCAGUUAUGCUUUAUACAUGGAGGUGUUGCUCAAGAGCAAUUCCUCAGCCAAAAUCUAAUGAGCAGCCCAAUAGAGUGGAGAUUUAUGAGAAAACAGUGGAAGUCUUAGCUCCUGAGGUCAAUAAAUUGCUGAAUUUUAUGUAUUUCCAAAGGAAAGCUAUAGAACGUUUCUCACAAGAGGUGAAGCGUUUAUGCCAUACUGAAAAACGAAAAGACUUUGUGUCAGAGGCUUAUUUAUUAACCCUUGGAAAGUUCAUAAAUUUGUUUGCUGUUCUUGAUGAAUUAAAAAAUAUGAAAUCUAGUGUCAAAAACGACUAUUCCACAUAUAGAAGGGCUGCACAAUUUUUGAAAGUCAUGUCGGAUUCCCAAACGCUUCAAGAGUCGCAAAAUUUGUCCAUGUUCUUGGCGACGCAAAAUAAGAUCCGAGACACCGUGAAAGAAAAUCUCGAGAAGAUCGCUGGUUACGAAGAGUUGCUGUGCGACGUGGUUAACAUUUGUGUACAGAUGUUUGAUUCGAAGAUGUAUCUGACGCCCAGUGAGAAGCACAUGCUUGUUAAAGUUAUGGGUUUUGGACUGUUUCUAAUGGACAGUGAAUAUUGCAACAUCAAUAAACUGGAUCAGAAGAAGAAGUUAAAAUUGGAGCGAAUCGAUAGGAUCUUUAAGAAUCUUGAGGUGGUCCCGCUUUUCGGAGAUAUGCAGAUAGCACCUUUUAACUAUAUAAAGCGUAGCAAGAAUUUUGACUCCAGCAGAUGGCCUUUAUCCAGCUCAAACACACCAUCGCCUCAAGCAGAUUUGAUGGUGCAUCUUCCGCAGAUCCGAGAAGAUCAUGUAAAGUACAUAAGUGAAUUGGCGAAGUAUAGUAACGAAGUCACAACUACCUACAAAGAAAGCGGAAGCGAUGUUGAAAAUAAAGAAACUGCAGAUCUGGCAUUGAGAGGUCUUCAGUUACUAUCAGAGUGGACAAGCGUUGUUACAGAACUAUAUUCUUGGAAAUUGUUGCAUCCAACGGAUCAUCACCAGAACAAGGAGUGUCCUCCAGAAGCAGAAGAAUAUGAGAGAGCAACGCGUUAUAAUUACAGCGACGAAGAGAAAUUCGCUCUAAUUGAGGUAAUUGCAAUGAUUAAAGGUUUGCAAGUUUUAAUGGCAAGAAUGGAAACUGUAUUCACUGAUGCAAUCAGAAGGCAUAUUUACGCAGAAUUGCAAGACUUUGUACAGUUGCUUCUAAGGGAACCUUUGAGAAAGGCCAUCAAGAAUAAGAAAGAUUUGAUUAGAAGUAUUAUCAUGUCAGUACGCGAGACUUGCGCUGAUUGGUCCAAGAACAUUGAUAUCUUAGGUGACCCAGUGUUGAAAGGCAAAAAAGAUGACAACGUUUUUAAUAUUGAAGUACCUAGGAGGAAUGUGGGACCAUCGUCUACCCAACUGUAUAUGGUCAGAACGAUGCUCGAAUCUCUGAUUGCUGAUAAAUCAGGCGGCAAGAGGACUUUGAGAAAGGAUAUUGAUGGCAAUUAUUUGCUUAUGAUUGAUCAAUUCCAUAAGACUUCAUUUUAUUGGAAUUAUUUACUAAGCUUCAGUGAUUCACUGCAAAGAUGCUGCGACUUGUCCCAGCUUUGGUAUCGGGAGUUUUAUUUAGAGAUGACUAUGGGUAGAAGAAUUCAAAAAUGUACAGUACGCCAUCAACAUAAUGAGGAGUGUAGUGAUUUGAUUACUAUGGAAAAGCGUAUACAAUUUCCGAUCGAUAUGUCGAUGCCCUGGAUUUUGACGGAUCACAUUCUGAAGACAAAAGAACCAUCUAUGAUGGAAUACGUAUUGUACCCAUUAGACUUAUACAAUGAUAGCGCUUUAUACGCUCUGACGAUAUUUAGAAAGCAAUUUUUAUAUGAUGAGGUUGAAGCAGAAGUGAACUUGUGUUUUGAUCAAUUUGUGUACAAAUUAAGCGAGCAAAUAUUCGCGUACUACAAACAGCUGGCUGCUAGUAUCUUUUUGGAUAAGAGGUUUAGGGUCGAGUGUGCAAGUUUAGGUGCGUACCUGUUACCUUAUCCAAGAGCCAAUAGAUACGAAACCUUAUUGAAACAGCGACAUGUGCAACUACUGGGCAGAUCGAUUGAUCUGAACAAGUUGAUUACGCAAAGGAUCAACGCCGACAUGCAGAAAUCGUUAGAUUUGGCUAUUAGUAAAUUCGAGGCAGGAGAUAUAACCGGAGUGAUGGAAUUGAAUGGUCUUUUGCAAGUGAACAGGUUGUGUCAUAAAUUGCUUAGCAAGCUAUUGGCUUUGGAUGAUUUCGACUGUAUGUUCCGCGAGGCUAAUCACAACGUGUUGGCACCGUACGGCAGGAUAACCCUUCACGUUUUCUGGGAAUUGAAUUAUGACUUCUUGCCUAACUAUGUCUACAACGCUGCUACAAAUAGGUUUACUAAGUAUAAGGGUGAAAUCCACUUUGCUGCUGCUGUACAUAGGGAUAAACCACCUCAGAUGUCACCUCACUAUUUAUGGGGAACGAAACACUUGAACUUAGCUUACACCGCACAAUACGCCCAAUAUUCCGGCUUCGUUGGACCUCAUCACUUCCACACCAUGUGUAAAUUGCUGGGCUACCAAGGAAUAGCUGUAGUUAUGGAGGAAUUGCUAACCAUUGUCAAGAAUCUUAUCCAAGGCAAUCUGCUUCAAUUUACCAAAACCCUGAUGGACGCUAUGCCAAAACUGUGUAAAUUACUGAGGUACGACUAUGGAUCUCCAGGUGUACUAGGAUACUAUCACGCGCAACUCAACGACAUUGUGCAGUAUCCAGAUGCGCGCACGGAACUCUUCCACAUCUACCGGGAAUUCGGCAAUAUUAUCCUCUUCUGCUUGUUGAUGGAGCAGGCGCUCUCGCAGGAGGAAGUAUGCGAUCUGCUACAAGCCGCUCCAUUCCAAAACAUCCUUCCCAGGCCUUUUUGCAAAGAGGGCGAAAAACCGGAGACGAAGCAGAAGCGUUUAGAGACGAAAUACUCUGCACUCCAAAUAGUGCCAAACAUCGAGAAGCUAGGCACUGCUAAGCAGGCGAUGAUUUCUAGGGAAGGUGAUUUGUUGACACGAGAAAGGUUGUGCUGCGGCCUGUCCAUAUUCGAGGUGGUUUUAAACAGGUUGCGAAGCUUUUUGGAUGACCCAGUGUGGGUAGGACCACCACCAGUCAACGGAGUUAUGAACGUUGAUGAAUGCACGGAAUUCCACAGACUUUGGUCGGCACUGCAAUUUGUCUACUGCAUUCCAGUUGGUGACACAGAGUUUACCGUCGAGGAACUAUUUGGAGAGGGCCUGCAUUGGGCCGGAUGCACUAUGAUUGUGCUAUUAGGACAGCAGAGGCGGUUCGAAGCCUUAGAUUUUUGCUAUCACAUACUGAGGGUGCAACGAGUCGACAUGAAGGAUGAGUUCGUGAAAGGAAUCAGCUUGAAGCGGAUGGUCGACCGUAUCCGGAGGUUCCAAGUGCUUAACUCGCAGAUUUUCGCGAUCCUUAACAAGUUCUUAAAAUCAAGUGACAACGAUGAACAUUCAGUGGAGCAUGUUCGGUGUUUCCCACCCCCAAUCUACAACUCCCCAACCCAACAAAUGUACCAGGCUCCUGAGCACAUACGGCAGCAAUUGAACAACUAGCUAAAGGUGUUAUUCGGUAGACAAUAGCAUAACCUUCCCCCCUAAAACCUUGUAAAAUACUUCUCUUUUAUAUGUAUAUCUAUUAAGGUUGAUACCGCGGUGUCAUGCAGAUUUUUUAUAGUAUUAUUACGGAAAUAACUACAUUUCUAUUAUAAAUAUGUU